UCAUAAUAUUAUUCACUCAUAAUAUUAUUGUUGUUUUACAGGGAUCUUCCUACUCUUUUUGAGGAUCACCAUGCAGAUAGACAACGUGGCAUUGAGAGGAGUGGCUGCUCAGUCUUCCCUUUUUACUUGGGCCUAUAGUCCAAGCAAUGUCAUCGAUGGAAACCGCAACUCUAACUAUAACUAUGGUGGAUCCUGCAGCAGCACUGAGUUUAACACCAACCCCUGGUGGAGAGUGGACCUGCUGGAUGUGUACAGAGUGACAGCUGUCAGCAUCACCAACAGAGGAGACUGCUGUCCUGAGAGGCUUGAUGGUGCUGAGAUCCGCAUCGGUAACUCACUGGAGAACAACGGCAUCAACAACCCCAGAUGUGUUGUCAUAUCCCACAUCCCAGCAGGAGCGACCAACAGCUUCCAGUGUAAUGAGAUGGAGGGUCGCUAUGUUGUUGUGGUCAUCCCUGGACAGAACAAGAUUCUCACUCUGUGUGAGGUGGAAGUAUACGGCACUCCAGCAGUAAAUGUCGCUUUGAAAGGAGUGGCCAGCCAGUCGUCACUUAAUGGCUAUGGCAAUACUCACAAUGCCAUUGAUGGGAACAAAGAAUCAAACUAUCCCCUAGGAUCCUGCACCCACACUACACAGCAGACCAACCCCUGGUGGAGAGUGGACCUGCUGGAUGUGUACAGAGUGACAGCUGUCAGCAUCACCAACAGAGGAGAUGUUAGUCCUGAGAGGCUGAAUGAUGCUGAGAUCUGCAUCGGUAACUCACUGGAGAUCAACGGCAUCAACAACCCCAGUUGUGCUGCCAUCCACCAAAUACCAGCAGGAGCGACCAACAGCUUCCAGUGUAAUGAGAUGGAGGGUCGCUAUGUUGUUGUGGUGAUCCCUGGACAGAACAAGAUUCUCACUCUGUGUGAGGUGGAAGUAUUUGCCACUGUCAAACCUCCAGCCCCCAAGUCAAAGAGAACGGUGGUGAGGAUGAAGAUCCAAUCAGAUGCUGAUCUGACAGACCAGGUGGUCAGUGACCAGCUCCUACAGCAGCUGCAUGUAGAGUUUCUAAAGCAGGGGGUGUCUGACGUUCAGCUGCGCUGGAGGACUCAACCAGAUGGACAGAUUUUCCACCGUGAGGAAGAAGAGGAGGGUGGAUCCACACAGACAGGUGUCUGUGGAACUGAAGGGGUCUAGCCUGAUGAGAGACUCCAAGGAGACAAAAUUGAUUUAGGAUUGGACUGCCUUGACGACAUAAUCUAUCUACCAUAAAACUUAAAUAAAAUGCAAAAUCUCAAAUUGCCGCCUGUCCCUUUUAAUAGCCAAGGCAACGACACUCAUUUCAGCAAAUAAUUAUUAUUAAUAAUUAUGGCAAUCUUCCGUUUUUAUCGUCAGUAAGAAAGUACAAGCCACUGGCUGCGAACAGCUGAGAACUGCUAGAUAUGAACUGGCAAGCACAAAAACAUCAACAACUUUGGGAGUACAGACCCCCAGAAAUUGGCACCCCCAGUAAGAACUGACAAAAACACAGUAAAAGAUGUGAAUAAUUUUUCUUAAUAGAGGCAUGCUGAGACAAAAGACAUGUGACACAGUGUGUAAAUGAUAACACAUUAGUGCAGGAAAUUGAUUAAAAUGCUGGAAUUAAACAAUGAACUAUGCAAAUGUGUAAAAACCUGUGUGCAUUAAGGAAAUAGAUGCCUGGCUGAAAUAGAAGCAUGUAUCUGAUAAGUGCCUGUUGUGUUCAGUGAUUUAAGCAAAUAAUCUCUGGGGUGAUUCAUUGAAGUUUUACAGUAUUUAAAUGUAUGUAGAAACAAUAUUAUUCCUUUCAACAUGUAUCAGUUAAUAUGCAGUUUGUUUCCUGUUCAUUUCAAGUAAUGAACAUGGUUUUGUCAAGUAUAUUAUUGCAAGGCUGCAUUCUAUUGACUUACAAAAGCAGCACCAAAGAGUUAGCCAAACAACUUUGAUAAACAACCAAAAUAAAGACGCAUUUUCAGGUACAUUAUGUUUUUGGUUUAGACCAAGACCAUUUAAAGCUUAUCUUUCUAAAAUAUACAGUUAUUUUAGAAUAUUUAGGCAAGUUUGUGGCUGACGCAUUGAUUCUGCUUUGCAGUAUAUCCAGUCUGGUCUUUUCUAAAUAGAAGCUUAGCUUUAGGUGUUUUAAUUUAAUUGUGCAGAAACCAUACAAAUGUGUGACAGAAAUUCUCUACAAAUUGAUGUACUCACCUGUUAAAACAUUGAGACAGAG